UAAAACCCUUCUCAUCGUCUUCUUCGAUGCGAGCGAUGCAGGGUUUGAGAGUGAGGCCGUUGACGAUCGACGGCGGAGAAUCGCCGGAGAAGAGGAUCGAACGGCAGAUCCGAGAGAACCCGGUGGUCAUCUUCAGUAGACGAGCUUGCUGCAUGUGCCACGUGGCGAAGCGGUUGCUGACAAACGUCGGCGUUCAUCCGACGGUGAUCGAGCUUGAUGACUCCGAGGCCGUCGCCGUCGUGCCGUCUGCCACUACUGGAUCUCCGGCGGUUUUCAUCGGAGGAGUCCUCGUCGGCGGGCUAGAGGGCCUCGUCGCACUCCAUCUCGGUGGCCGUCUCGUUCCCCGGCUUCGAGAAGUCGGAGCUCUUUCGGGGUAGGGUUUGUAAUUUGGAAGAGUUUUAGGGGUGUUUUCGGGAAUUUGGUUGGCUGGUGGCAACCUUUGUAAAUAGAAACGUAGAUUAGGGGUACUUGAGGGAAAUGAAGAAGAGGGAAAGACUUUUUAUUUACGAACGAAAAAUGUGAAGUUAUUAUUA